AUGGGCCAGAUGGUCAGACUGCUACAAGGCCGCCACUCCACCAGGAGCUGCAGCUGGAAGCCUGCACAGCGACUGGAACAAAGAGUCCUCGAACUAAGUUCCUUCAUCAUAUUCUGUGCCUGCAAUGAUGGAUGCGAUGUUGCUUGGCAGACCUGGGCUCCUCUCAUUGGAUAUGGGAAACUUGAUAUUAGCACUACUGGAGUUUCCUGGUGUAUUGUAAAAGUGACUGAAUCCCGACUGACUGAGGGAACAUGGACCCGAAUCCAUGACCUCUUUCUCUCUCCUAGCUCCUUUUCGCUGAUGUGUGCUCUUAAUAGUAUUGAAAAUUCUGUCUAUAGGACAGCCUUCAAACUAAGAUCAGUGCAAACUCUGUGCCAAUUGGAUUUGAUGGACAGCUCCCUGAUUCAGCAGGUCUUACUCCGUCCAAGAUUCCCGGAAGCCAGGGAGAGCUCCCUUUCUAUACAGCAAGUUUUUCAGGAGCUUCAAGAAUUGUUUCAGAAAGUGAAGGAUGGAAAACCAGGCCUGGUGCAUCCCAGAGCUCCAGAACUCACUCUGAGCCUUCUCAUGGCAAUGUAUGACAGCACAGGAUCUGGGUUUCUGAAGCUUCUGCCAGCGGCGGCAGCCCUGAUCGCCCUCUCCGGAGACAACCCUCUUACCAAAUACAGAGCUCUUUUUCAACUGUAUGCACAAAAUAACAAGAGAGGCUACGAUUCCGGGGCACGCAUGACUCGAAGGACUUUGAGAAACCUACUAAUGGAUAUACAGCAGAUCCCAACUGCGGUGGGCGAGCGUCACACUCCGUGUUCGGUGGAGAGCGCCAUCCACAGCUGUUUCAGAGGGGUGCUCAGCCCAGGGAUCAAGGAGGAGAAAUUCCUGUCCUGGGUGCAAUCUGAGCCUCUUAUCCUGCUGUGGCUUCCCACCUGCCACCGGCUGUCGGCCACUGAGCAGACCACUCACGCUGCCCGGUGCAGGGUCUGCGGGGCCUUCCCCAUCACAGGGCUGAGAUACUGCUGCCGGAAGUGCCUCCACUUUGACAUCUGCCACGUGUGUUUCUUAUCUGGUCUUCACAGCAAAUCCCACCAGAAGUCACAUCUUGUCAUUGAACAUCAUGUUCAGAUAUCCACAAAGGAGAAUACCAAACUCCUCCUCAAGAAUCUCAGAAACAAUCUGCUUCAGGGGAACUGGUGGAGAAAAGAAACCACAGGAAGACAAUGGCUGCUGGACCAAGUGACAUCAAAGGACAUGGCCAACCGUGCCCAAGCCAGGAUCCUUAAAAAACAGUUGAAGCGGUACAAAGACAAGUUGCGAGCAAUAUACACCUUACAGGAAGAAAGAAGAUGCAGAUUUGAAACAAAGAUUCAUGAACUCAAAGCCAACCAAGACAGUCUAAGGACCACGCUUCAGCAGAUGGAGCAGGAACUACAGGCAGUGUUACCACUACUUCAUCCCUCAUCCUCCUGUCAAAACAUCAUGUGUGAAGCCAAGAGUUCUUCAUCUAACAGGACUUGGAAGGGAGGAGAAUCUUCUCAGAUUAAGAAUGCCUCUGAAGGCAGUCCAAAAUGGGAACCUAUUCCUAACUCUGCUGUGAUUGACAGAAGGCAGAGAAGUCAAGCAAAUGCAGAGUUUGCUCAGGAAAAUACAGAACCUCCAGCUAACACUUUGCAAAGCACCACAGCACAGAGCCAGUCACAAAAGAUGCCAAAGGAAAUCCCGAGCUUUCUAUCCAGUCAUCAGAAGGAAAGGCUGAAAAUUUCUCCUGCUGAAAUGGGAGGUUCUCUGGCACUUGCAGAAAGAAAAGAGAUAGUUAGCAUCCAAGAGAGAGAUAAUGAGCAAGAGGGAGAGGAACUACAAGACCUAUUGUCAAAGCUCCUGGAUGCCUUCAAUCCAGAAACAACAUCAGGACCACAGUCCUCGGUGAACACGGACCUGUACAGUGGAGCUGAGCGGCUGUGUAGGGCCUUCUCUGCCUUUGUGGAUCUAAUCACCUUGCCCAACUUGAAGUGA